AUGUUUACAGGUGAAGACAUUCAAUUUCUAUAGUAAUUACAUUAAUUGAAAGAAAUAUCCAAAAUAGGAGAAGGUAGUUUUGGUAAAGUCUAUAAAGCAAUCGAUUUAACAGACAAAUCUAUUUGUGCAGUAAAGGUAAUUUCAACAUCAAUUAAGAGGUUAUUUCAAAAUUAGUUUACAAUAAUACUACACCUGAAUAGGAUAUCUAUUUAUAAUUGAAUCAUCCAAAUAUUGUGAGAUGCAAAAGAGUAUGAGUAAAAAACAUUUAUUAAGAUUACAGAAAACAAAAAAUACUAUUAUAUAAUUAUGGAAUAUAUGGAAGGUGGUACAUUAGCAUAGAAAAUGAAAGAGAAAUAAUUAAAUGAAUAAGAAGCAGCAAUUAUUAUGAAAUCAAUUCUAGAAGGUGUAAACUACUUACAUGAUAGAUCAAUUAUACAUAGAGACAUUAAACCAGAGAAUAUUAUGUUGACAGGAACAAAUGUGAAAAUUGCUGAUUUUGGUUUAAGUUUUAAAUUCUCAUCUACUGAAGGUACUUUUCAUAAAUUAUUAAAUAAAAAAUGUGGAACUAUUAUUUAUAUGGCACCAGAACAAUUUACUGAAAAAUAUGUAAAUUAUGUAAUCUAAAAUUUUAUUAGUAUAGUAAAUAAGUAGAUGUUUGGAGUUGUGGAAUUCUACUUUAUAUGUUAUUAAAUGGAGGAAUACAUCCCUUUUAUAAUAAAGAUGAUACUAAAUAUGAGUUCAUUAAAAAGAUCCUUAAUCCUUCCAUUGAUAUUCCAUCAAAUAUGACACCUUUAGCUAAAGAUUUAUUCUAUAAAUUGAUUAAUGUCAAUCCUAUUGAUAGAUAUAAUGUAAGUUAAGCCUUGAUGCAUCCAUGGAUCACAAGAAAAUUUCAUGAAAAAAUUCCUUUGACUUAUUAAUAACAAUUAGACUAGUUUCUAAAAGAAUAACAAAUAAGAUAAGUAUUAAUGUAUUAUUUUUAUUUUUAGUAAUUUAAGUUAUUAUUCUUCUUACAAUAUAUCAAUCUCAAUUCACCAAGAACAUAGAUCUUUUCAGAUAAUGUAAAAGAAUUAGAAUAAGAAAAUUAAUAACUGCAUUAGAAUCAAACAAGUGCAAGUCCAACUUAAAAUAAAUUUAAAAUAUUGCAAUUAAAUAAUAAACAUAAGAAUUAAUGCAAUAUUACACAUAGAAUGGAGAGUUAAGGAAAGUUUUUAGAUUUUUCAUUAACACAAAAAACUCAUUUUAAGAAAUCUAUGGAAAAUAUAUUGGUUUUUGAAAAGGAUAAAUACGAAAAAAGUUAAAAUUUUUCAGCAAGAUCUUUGAAAUAGAAAUCUAAUUAAAUAAUUAACAAAUUUUUUAUACCAACUUCAUUUUAAGAGUCAUUUUGUGUCUCUAAUAAAAUGAAAUCAAAAUAGCAUAAAAAAUUAUUACCUCCAUUAAAAUCAAAAUGA